AUGUUUCGACGUCGAAGACAUCACAAAACUGUAGAGACACUACCGGAAGUUAAUACACUAAGAAAUCCAGCACAAGUCCAACUUGCAGUCUCCGGGGUGACAAAUUUACAAUGCGAGAAGGUAUCCAACACUCAGAAAGAAAAAGACGACAAAAAAUGUGCGCCACCGAUCAGCUGUCCGACAGCAAGCUCAACUAUCAACGUGCACGAGUGCACUACAAGCCAAGGUGUUGAGAAGUUUACAGUAGGCAAUAGUGCAGACUUGCAGGCCAAAUCCAUAUCCACCGAUCAGGGGUCGAAGUCAUACACUGAUCACUAUAUUAGUAAUGUAGCUACCGCAAUUGACAAUGAAAGACGAGCGAACUUUGUGCAGCCUGUAAUGUAUACCAAGCGCAGUGUUAAAGCGAGGAAAAAAACGAGUAUGCAUCAAAAGCAAUCAGACCAGUGCCCACGAGAUUCUCACAUCAAUAGAUUACUCUUCGGAAACCCUACAGAUGUACACAAUGGCGACGAUUCCUACAGCUUGCUGGCUAAUAUAACAUUCAGCUCUAUGUCUUUUCCACAGCCUGCAGCAGCGUUUAAAUACAAACAAUCACAACAGUACGACAGCAACGCUUUUAUAGUACCAAAACAAACGACGGCUUACUUGCAGGGGAGGUUACAGUCGGCAGUUAGGGAAACGUCGAUAGGAUCAACGAUAAUUCAGGAUAAACAAGUCGAUUUGUUGGAGAAUUCAAUGAGUUGUUUAGGUCUUGAGUAUACUAGAAAUCUUGCAGACAGGUUGACUAUCUCGGAUUCGAGGCCUACAAUUUCCUCAAUGGAUUGCUCAAAUCGAUUACUAGCAUCGAACUGCCCAUUACAGCCGUACUCACAAUUAUCAAGCAUCAAUAAGUGUCCUUCAGAACCGCCUGAUAAUGCAAAUUGUACUCGUCAAGUCACCGUCGUUGGUUCUGACAAGUUAGCUUUUGGUCUGCCUCACGAUGUCGUUCCGCCACAAAGGCAUCGACACCUCGGGAGACGACAAAUUUCGCGGAGUGAAGGGGAUUUGAAAGACGUUGAAGUAAUUUUUCAUCAUUCGUCCAAAGUAAUCACUAAUGCUACAGAUAAUAUACAGUACAGCAAAUCUCGAAGUCCGCGAUCUGGCAGUGUCCCUUCCUGUGAAACGCAAGUGAACACUUCUCCCCAUACGUCCGGUGACCCAGCGGCGAAGACACAAAUUUUGGCAGCAAGCGUGGCCUUGAAUGAAAAUACGACAAAGAGCUACACAAUGCAGCCUGAAGAGUCGGCGUCCGAACUAGUAAUAGAACCUUUCCCUCGAAAAUGUAUUCCAGCUCGAAAAUGUUGUUCGAUAGUUGAGAAGAACACGCAUGAGCUGCAACCAACAUCGAGGACCAUAAACUCAGAGGGGAAGGGUAAUGUGGGCGGUAUUCGUAAAAAAAGAAUUCCGUGUAUGGUGUGUUCCAUGCCCACAGCACAGAGGGAGACCACUGCUGACGAACUUCUUCCAAUCAACGAAUUUGACGACAUAGUUGAAACCGAGCGCCGAAUGGUGUUGGACGAAGUAAUUUCGACUGAAACGAAGUAUUUAAAGCAGCUGCUGAUUAUCAAGGAGUACAACGUGGCCAUUCGUGCGACCAAUGUUUUAGCCGAGGAGUUAAUGGAUAUUAUAAUACCCGAAUGUAUAGAUCAUCUAAUCGCUGGCCACACCAGGCUUUUGCGAGCCUUUGAAACAUGUGCUACUGUCGAUGAUGGACAGCCAGUCAGCUUGAUCGGUGAUGUGUUUCGUUCGGACGCUUCUGAGUUCUUGAAGUCAUACGUCUACUACAUAGCGGAUCUGCAACGAUCGAUAGUGGCCCUUCAACAGCACGUCAGAGAUAGCGAGGAUUUCGCAGCCAUACUGGCGGAUACGGACAAAGAAAUGGAACAAAAUUUAGGCCUCGCAUCAUUUUUGCUCACCCCAAUCCAGCGUCUGCCCAGAUAUGUGCUCUUACUACAGCUAACGAACCAUAGAGUCUCGUGCACCAGCGCGACGCCAACGUUUAAUGUGAAAGAUCCAACACGUCGCUUGAUCAUCUAA